GAUAAUAUAUUUAUAAUUUUUACGAACAUGGAUAGCGAUAAAAACUUACUGUUUGAUGAAAACUUACCUGAAGACUUUCUAAGUGAGAAUGUCACUCCAGGAAAAGUUAAUACUAUUGCUCACCUUGCCAAGAACAUGGAUCAUACUCCUUUCAAGUCUAUCCCAGGGGGUAUAAAACGACACACCGCUCAUGCAUACUUCGGUGAAAAGAGAUUGAAGAAUUUCCAUGCUUCACAGUACGACUCUCGAAAAGAAACAGAAUUGAUAUUUUCCACAAAGGUCUGUCCUAAAAUCGAAGAGGUAGACCUCCCUUCCAAGCCUAUGAAACUCAGUGACAACCCACACCCCAAGCCUAAUCUCUCCCAGGACAUCACUACCCUACUAAAAAGAGUGAGGAAGAUCAAUGCCCGCUCUAAAAAUCCCGAAAUCGAUAAUCCAAGUGGGUUCAAACUAACUAUGAGAAACGUGAAGCCUAGCUUAGACUAGGCGUAACUUAAUUUCUUAAUAAUGUAACGUUAAUAAUCUUU